GAAACGUUUGUUUCGAACUCACGAAAUUUAAUAUAUAUUUUUUAUUUUUAUAUACUAUUAUCUUCGUUCGUUUAUCCCUAAUUUUGAUAGAUAAUUAAAAUCUCUUGCCCUUUCCAGUCUCGUCAUAAAAUACGCAAAAAAAAAUCUUCCGAUUUUGAUUUUUUUCCUCUUUUGAAUUCAACGAGGGCCAUUUCUUUAAUUCUCCGUGAAAAUCCAGGGUUUCGAUCUAGUUUCCCCAAUUAUUCGUUGAGAUUCUAACUCGGCAGAAUUCGUGAAAUUUCGGUGAGAAUCGCAAAAAUUUGGCUGGAAUUUCCAUUAUUUGGGUGAAGAUCCUUGUUGCUCUGGUUUUCCGGCCAUUAUAGAGGAUUUAAGAAGUAUUCUGUGCAGUUAACUCUCUGUUGUGUGGGUGGUUAAUUCCUCUUGGAAGCAGGUAUGCAGAGCCAGCUUGUUUGCAGUGGAUGUAGAAGCACUCUUCUUUAUCCUCGAGGAGCAACUAAUGUGUGCUGUGCAGUAUGCAAUACGAUAACCCCUGCUCCACCACCUGGGAUGGAAAUGGCUCAGCUUAUUUGUGGGGGUUGUCGUAAACUGCUUAUGUAUACUCGUGGAGCAUCUAGUGUUCGAUGCUCAUGCUGUCAUACAAUAAAUAUUGCACGAGAAGCUUAUCCUGUUGCUCAUGUGAGCUGUGGGAGGUGUCAUGUAACUCUUAUGUACCCCUAUGGAUCGCCUUCAGUCAAAUGUGCAGUAUGUCAAUAUGUUACAAAUGUUGGGAUGAGCAACAUGCAAGUCCCCAUGCCGGUCAAUGGUCCGAAUGGAUAUAUGCCGGCUCACAGCCCCUCUACUUCAACAUCGAUGCCACAUGCACCCAGCCAAACUGUUGUUGUUGAGAACCCUAUGUCAAUGGAUGAUAGUGGCAAAUUGGUGAGCAAUAUUGUGGUGGGAGUUACUACAGGAAAGAAAUGAUUGUCAGAUGAAUGCCCAUGUUCAUGUUUAAGUGUAAGCUAAGUGAUUUCAACUCUGCCCUUGAUGAAACUAUGCGGAGUUGUUGAAACUCAUGGCCUUUAAAGAAUCGUAUUGUAGAAUUUCACACAUUACACAGGGCAGUGUGAGAGCAUCUUUAUGGCCCGUUUUAUCUCCUAAUGUAGAAAUUGGUGAUUCUUGUCUCUUUUCUUUUCACUGGCAUAUCCUAUUGUGUUAUUGUAAGUACUUUUCUUUUGUCACUGGCAUAUCCUAUUGUGUUAUUGUAAGUAAACAAUAAAAAUAUAAUUAUCUGGUCUUCAA